UAAUUUAUUGGUGAUAAAGUUUUUCUUAAGGUUAAUAUUACAGCAAUUAUACACACCUUCUUAUCCACUUUAUAGGAGUAUAUAUAUAUACAUACAUACAUCUCCUGAAUGUCAUAAUUAAUAAGAACCAGCUUGAUCGAGAUAGCUCUCAUCUGAAACAAGCUUUUAGAACUAUUAUUUUUCUCCAGAGCCAAUUUAGCCUACACAGCUAUAUCCUUUUUCAAAUAUCUACACAUAAAUUUAUAUAAAAGAGAGAAUAUAUAGCAGUAUUUAUUAAUUUAUUUAUUUAUUUUGAUUGUUAAAAAUGCUGAAAAUGACAAUAUGUAAAGUUCCUUACGGGUCGAGCCAUCGUUGCAACCCUUGCAGAAUCCAUAAUAAUAGAGAAUUAGUUCAAGCUUUCCCGCUGAGAGGUUUUAAAACCAAUCACCUGAUCGGUCUUUCGUUGUCUAAUAUCAACACAACCAACACCAAAAUUAUGCAUAAGAUGAUGUGUAACAGUGUUGAUCCUGCAGGAGCAGCUUCAGGCGGUGGUACUGGUGCUCCUUGGAACUCUUUCCAAGGUUGGGUUUUGGGACUGGUGAUAAGUCUGAUUCUACCAUUUUAUAGGAAUAAAUGGGGUCCUCUACUAUCAAUCAAAAGGAAGGUGGACAUGGCUGUAAACACAGUGGAAGCGGUGGCUGAGGCUGUAGAAAAGGUCGCCGAGAAAGUGGAAGACAUCGCCGACGAUAUCGCCGAUAACCUUCCCGACAACGGAAAGUUGAAGGAUGCUGUUCUUUUUAUUGAAAAAGUUGCCCACGAAACAGCCAAGGACGCUCACCUUCUGGACGACUUUAUUGAAAAGGUAGAAGAAGUGGAGGAGAAGGUGGAAUCUUUCCUAGAAGGGUCUGUCCAAGAAGAUGAAGCCGAAAAAGAAGAGACAAAGACAAUAAAGAGUAGUACUGGUGCUGAUGAUGAAGAUGAUCAACCAAAAAAAUAGUACUACUAAUAAUAUUACCACAUGAUCAUGAUUGAUCGAGAUAUAUAUGGUCAACAAUUAAUGAUCUUACUUGAAAUAUAUUUCUUUCACCAAAUCAUUGUUUGUUGCUCUUCUGUUAUAUAUUCUUUUUCUUAUUCUUUCUUAUUAUUUUAAUUUAGUUUUGUUUCCCUUCAAUGAAUAUUCAUUAUUUCA